AUGUCUUCUUCUAGCACAUGGACUUUUGAGGAGAACAAAAAAUUAGAAGAAGCUCUUGCUAUUUUUGAAGAGGCCACCCCAGAUCGUUGGGAAAAAAUUGCUGAGUAUGUUGGUGGAAAAACACCAGAAGAAGUGAAAAAUCACUGUGAAGAACUUGAGGAGGACACCACAUGGACUUUUGAGGAGGACAAAGCUUUUGAAGAAGCUCUUGCUGAUUUUGAUGAGGACACGCAUGAUCGUUGGGUAAAAAUUGCUCAACGUAUUGGUAGCAAAACACCAGAAGAAGUGAAGAAGCACUAUGACGACCUUGAGGAGGACAUGGCGCAUAUUGACUCAGAUGACAUCGAUAUCGAUUACCCGAAUUGGGAUUGA